ACCAUGCGUCCGCUGCUGCUGCCGGAAGGAGAACACCUGUGAUACAUUCACUGGUAAUAAUACUCUUCUUCCAUUCAAAGUCCAUCCCGUCAUUAGCGUGCAGGCUAAUCAACUCGCGUACCUAGCAAAGGAAGAUUUUCGUACCCGAACCAAGUAGCGCUCUAUCCACGGUCAGAUUGAAAUAUCAAGGGCACUUGUCCAAUCUCUUUUGACGUUAUUGUUAAUUAUCGAUAUGUACUAACACUCAUGUCGAUAUCCCGAAUCGGACAUCAAUAUCAAUAUGGUGUCCUGAGUUAUUAUCUCACUCCGCCACCGCGCCCCGACUCGCAAACCACCCCCGCAUCUGCCAUUCGGCAACUUCCUGAUGAACUUGGUUCGUUCAUACAGAGGCCUGAUAUCGAGGACGAGUUCAGAUUUAGUCUCGAUCGGGCGACUCUCCGCUCCGGAGUCAUCACAUAUUUGCCAUCCACAAAAUUAAAUGAUCUUUGGCCAUUUAUCGGACCUAUUAAGCGAUCGCUACAUCUCCACUUUUUUUUUCGCAUUUUAGAAGGAGCCUUUCGUCCGGAGUCAUCCAGGAUUCUAUUGCAUCACAUUAACCUCACUCUCGGACCGAACUCCAUUCUUCGAAUGAAAGACGACGAUUCUCCGCAACAGGCCAUUCUGUGUCUCCGUCAAGCCAACGGAAAUUCAUUUCAAGAUUCGGAUCCACUCAUCCGGACAAUUUCUCUGCGCGGUUACGGAUCACCUACAAGCAUUUUGGCACUCCCUCCCUUGAAGUCAAAUGACUUGGGUCUUGAGUAUAUGUUUAUUCCCGCUGCCAUAUCCAUAUCUUUGUGAUUACACCACCUGACCUGCAUCAAUCUACCGCUGCUGCGUGGUUUGCGUGAUGGGUUCUUGGACGCCACUUAAAAUUCACGGAAUGUGUAGUCGGACCGUCUGGCAAAACUGUACAGUGUUCAAUACCAUUCAGAUGUUCGGUGUAUCGAGGAAGACUCGCCCGAUCGGUAUUCAAAGUCCGAAAGGAUAAAAUCUCGACCGGCUGCUAAUGGGCAAGAAACGGUCACAGGAGGAAUAAUGCAAUCGCCUCAUGACGUCAUGUCUCCUACUUGGCUUCUUCCUCAAAGGUGAGCAAGCCUUUCAGUGUGUCUGAGAUAUUUGGUUGAGAC